AUGUCCAGCACACCUCCCCCGCGCACCUCUUUCGACUCCACGACCACCGCCUCGACGGCCCAGCGCCCGCUGCUCGAGCAUGCGCAGCAGGGCGGCGACGUAAAGGCGAAGAUCAAGGCUGUCUUCAAGAAGGCCAAGUCCACCGAGGAGCAGCAUGAGCAGGAUAAGCAGGAGGACGGGAAGAAGAAGAAGGCGGCUGUUCCUGGGAGUGUCAAGCAGGGGAGCUUUGGGGGGGAGUCGAGUCAUAUGAGGAUGCAUAUGUAG